AUGGCGGACAUAGUGAAGAAAAUCUUGGCAAAGCCGAUCCAACUAGCUGACCAAGUCACGAAGGCUGCAGAGGAGGCCAGUUCGUCGAAGCAGGAGUGCUUCGAGCUCAAAUCCAAGACCGAGAAGCUCGCACUGCUUCUCCGGCAAGCCGCUCGGGCCAGCUCCGACCUCUACGAGCGCCCAACUCGCCGGAUCAUCGACGAGACUGAGCAAGUGCUCGACAAAGCGCUGUCUCUGGUGCUCAAAUGCCGCGCCAACGGCAUCAUGAAGAGAGUCUUCACCAUCAUCCCAGCCGCCCAGUUCCGGAAAAUGUCGUCGCAGCUCGAAAAUUCCAUCGGAGACCUGUCGUGGCUGCUCCGGGUAUCGGCCCCGGCCGAUAGCCGGGAAGAUGGGUACCUUGGGCUGCCUCCGAUCGCCGCAAACGAGCCAAUUCUGUGCCUCAUUUGGGAGCAGAUUGCAAUUCUGCACACUGGGUCAGUUGACGAUCGAUCUGAUGCAGCAGCUUCGCUUGUUUCGCUUGCCAAGGACAAUGAUCGAUACGGAAAGUUGAUAAUUGAGGAAGGUGGAGUUGGACCCUUGUUGAAAUUAAUCAAAGAGGGUAAAAUGGAAGGCCAAGAGUAUGCUGCUGAGGCCCUUGGAUUGCUGGGACGUGACCCGGAAAGCGUAGAACACAUGAUCCAUGCCGGGGUGUGUUCGGUGUUUGCGAAGAUCCUGAAAGAAGGUCCGAUGAGAGUUCAGGCCAUGGUGGCCCGUGCCAUCUCGGAGCUUGCAUCUCAUUACCCCAAAUGCCAGGAUCUUUUUGCGCAGCACAAUAUCAUCCGGUUGCUGGUUAGCCAUCUUGCGUUCGAAACUGUUCAGGAGCAUAGUAAGUAUGCUAUUACUUUCAACAAAGCCACAUCGAUCCAUGCGGUUGUGGUGGCUACAAACAACUCCAAUGCAAAUUAUAUUCCGAACAGGGCGAGUGACGAGGAUGAGAAGCAGGGUUACCGUCACAUUCCUCAUCCGUUGGGCAAUCGAAUCUCGAGUCAGAUGCACAAUGUGGUUACUAGCACCAUGGCAAUGCAGGGCGGGUUGAAGCCUCCUCUCCAACAAGUAGUUAACGGAGUGAAUCAAGCCAAUCAAGCCAAAAGCAAUGGCAACAGCAACAGCAAUGCAAAGCAGAAUCAUCAGUACCAACAAUCCACUCACCAUCAUCAGCAUAAUCAUUCAGGGACUAGCAUUAAGGGGAGGGAAUUGGAAGACCCUGCCACCAAGGCCAACAUGAAAGCAAUGGCAGCAAGAGCUCUUUGGCAGCUUGCCAAAGGGAACUCGCCCAUUUGCCGUAGCAUCACGGAAUCAAGGGCACUGUUGUGUUUUGCAGUGCUCCUGGAAAAGGGCUCUGAAGAUGUUCAACUCAAUUCUGCCAUGGCAUUAAUGGAGAUCACGGCAGUGGCAGAGAAGGAUGCUGAGUUGAGAAGAUCUGCCUUCAAGCCUAAUUCUCCGGCUUGCAAGUCUGUGGUUGAUCAAUUACAAAAGAUUAUUGAAAAGGCUGAUGCAGAUUUAGACCUCCUGAUUCCAUGCAUCAAAGCUGUUGGGAAUUUGGCAAGGACAUUUCGGGCAACUGAGACAAGGAUGAUUGGCCCAUUGGUGCGGCUUCUUGACGAAAGAGAAGCUGAGGUUACCAGGGAGGCUACCAUUGCCCUCACAAAAUUUGCAUGUACAGAGAACUAUCUCCAUCUUGACCAUUCCAAGGCAAUAAUAAGUGCAGGAGGUGCUAAGCACUUGAUCCAGCUUGUGUAUUUUGGGGAGCAAAUUGUUCAGAUUCCUGCCUUAGUUCUCAUGUGCUACAUUGCACUUCAUGUACCAGACAGUGAAGAACUUGCCCAGGCUGAGGUGCUCACCGUGCUUGAAUGGGCAUCCAAGCAAUCCUAUAUGACCCAAGACGAAGCACUGGAAACAUUGUUACAAGAAGCUAAGAGUAGGUUGGAUCUUUAUCAGUCCAAGGGCUCAAAAUACCAAUGCCAUUGA